CUUGGAAAUGGAGAGAGCGAAAAACGGAAGGAAUACCAGUGGAGAGAGAAAGCGAAAGGAGUCUAGAGAGAGAAAGGGGAGAAAGCUCUGCAGUCUCAGGCAUCCGUUUAUGUCUGAAACCGCCAUCUUGACAACAGUGGCGGUUUUUCGAAAACCACUGAUUUUCAUGCACAAGCAGUCUUUAUAUAUCUUCGUAUCCGUCCAGCUCCCCUUUAACCACGAGCUACCACUUCGUAUGCUCUCUCUUUUCUUUCCCUGCACAUCCAUGGCGGUUUCGCAGUACUGAAACUGAAGGAGAAGACAUAUAAAAGCUGAAAAAAGAUAGAAAGAAAAUCCAGUGGGGAAAAGAGAGAAAAAAGAGUGAGACACUCAGCUUUUUGUUUUCACGUUAGUUUUUCGUGUCUGUUGUUAUUUUUGUUUAUGGGUCUUGUCUGCACCUGCGCGUUUUGAAUCUUUUUCUGUGUAGUAGUAGUUGUUGAAAGUAGAACUAGAGCCAUUUCUUCUGAUACACCGGAGAAAGAAAUAAGGGGAGAUUAAAAAAGCAAAAGAAAGAAGAAAGGGAAAGCAAAAAACUUACAAGCUUUUUUGCCGUUUGCCUGUUGAUUCUCGUCUGAUCUUGGUGUCUCCUUUUUUAUCAUGAAGCUUGUUUUUAUGCGGGUUUCGAUGAAGAGUGAAUGAGUGAUUAUCUAUCGUUGAAGGCGGGGAAGAAAAUGCUCAUAUCCAUUAAGGAAAAGGCAAGAAUAUAGGGGAAAGGCAGUUUUUUCCUUGUUCCGUUAAGUUGCAUGAUGGAGGUUACGGAGGUUUAGGAGAAAUUUUUAUGAAGCCGAUUCGGGGCUUUCUGUUUCUGGUUGUUGGAUAGGUGGAGACUUUGCCAGUGCCACCAUCUUUUGUCUACUCGGGUCUAGGAAGGACCUUACAAAUCUUAUUUCUUUCCUUCUGUUAUGCAGAGGCUGUUUGCAGAAUACUACCUUCUCCGAUCCAUGGCGGUUUAUUGAGUUAAAAUUUUGCUUCAAAUUAACUCAGAGAAGUUUAGACUUCCGACAAUCUGAUAAAAGAGCUUAUGUUGAGGAAGCGAACAAGAGCGGUGACCAGUAAGCAAGUUCUCAUGGAUCAUGGCUCUCUUCCAUCUCCCAAAGAUAAAUUCAUAAGGCCCACCUUGCCCUUCUUCAGUUCUCCAAGACUCUUCACUGCUUUAUCCGGGAAGGGUUUUUCUGAAACUGAAGCUGUCAUGAGCCCAACUUCAAUACUUGAUAGUAAACCAUUCUCUGGUCUUGGUAACCCUUUCUGGUCUGAUAGACUUUCUGUUAAAUCCCCAGAACCUUGCUUGGAAAGCAAGCACCCAUGGAAAAAGUUAGACUCAAGAGGCAUUGGACUUGGUAUUGUCGACGCCCUCAAUGAUGAGAAAAGCGAGAACAAUUUCUCUAAACCUGAAAGUCGAAUGGUUCUGUUUGGAUCACAGCUGAAGAUUCAAAUUCCUCCUCUUCCACCCUCCGUGCUUUCUCCAACUGAAUCCCCCAAAUCCCCACCUGAGUUCGGCAUCAAGACUCGAAGUUCACAAUUGGGUUCCUUCUCUUCCGGCUUAUCGCCUUCGUCAAGGAAAUCUGCAUUUGGGUCCGCGAGUUCUGGCCUCGAAGCACCCGCCUCUCCUAAAAUUUUCACAGGCUCUCUCUCUCCUAGUGAGAUGGAGCUUUCAGAGGAUUAUACUUGUGUAAUCACCCAUGGGCCUAAUCCAAGAACGACUCACAUAUUUGAUAACUGCAUUGUGGAGAGUUGCUGUGGUGUUGUUAGUUUGUCUGCAUCCAGGAAGGAAAACAGUUUUUUCUCUGAUCGAUCGAGCUAUCCUUCUGAGGAUUUCCUUAGCUUCUGUUACACUUGCAAGAAGAAUCUUGGACAGGGGAAAGACAUUUACAUGUACAGGGGCGAGAAGGCGUUCUGCAGCCGCGAAUGCCGCUACCAAGAGAUGCUGUUCGACGAAGGAAUGGAGAAGUCCGGGUUGGAUGAUACUAUUAGGGCUUGUUCCUGAUUCUUCCAUCUCCUUCUCUCUCUCCCACUUCACAAGUCUGUAGAAACAUUUCGGCAGUUUUAGGAGGGUAUUCUGUAAAUUCUUAAUUUUCUGUAUACCGGUGUCAAUCAAUGAAAGAAAUCUGAGUUUAAGACUGCUUAGAGUGAAGACGGAUUGAUCGUAAGUUGGUACCUGAGUAUACUGGGUAUUUCACAUCUAUGUGGGUCUUUUCUUUUGUUCUUGCUUCAUUUUUCUCUCUUUCUUUGCUUAUUGUUCUCUCUUUCACUCUCAGACAGAGAAGCUGAGAAAGUCUGAGAUAUUGUAGAGUUGAUUUAGGUUGGAUAAGGAGAUUGCUGUUGGGUUUUGUCCACAGUUUUUGGCUUUGGAAGGUGUUGAUGUAUGACUAGAACUUGCAUUAUCUUUGUUUAUUUGAUAAUAAUCUUAAUAUAUUUUAUCAAACAUUAUGAAAUAGGACCAAUUAACUGCAGUCGAGCAGAUUCUCUUCUAA